AGCAGGAGACACUAGUGGGACACCCAGGAUCGGGGAUCAGGGUGUGCGCGCGCGUGUCUGUGGGUGUCUGUCUGUGGGGGUGUGUGCGCGCGCGUUCGUCUGCUGCUCAUCCGGUUUUUUCAUUCCACUCUCCGCUCGGAUUUAUUCCACCUCCCGGUUACUGCCGCGCCGCUCGGUCGCUAAAAUGGCCGUGACAGAAACUCGCUGUGAUCUGACUUACUGCAAGAUGAGGGGGAUCGUGACCGUACUCACCGCCUUCAUCAAAGAAAGGAAGAUGGGCUUGAAUGACUUUAUUCAGAAGCUGGUCUCCAACCCUCACAUCUGCCAACACUCUCAAGUCGACCAUUUCCUGAAGAUUGACGAGAACCAGAACGAGGAAACAGGAAGAGAUGGUGACCUCGGCUCACCCCAGAUGUUCCUGACCUCCCCAAGGAGCUCGCUAGCUGAGGAGAUUCAGACUAAACCCUGCGACUUUGACUACCUGAAGAUCAUCGGCAAGGGGAGUUUUGGAAAAGUUCUGCUGGCCAGACACAAAGAAACAGAGCAGUACUAUGCUGUGAAGGUGCUCCAGAAGAAGAUCAUCCUAAAGAAGAAAGAGCAAACACAUAUCAUGGCCGAGCGCAGCGUUCUGCUGAAGAACAUCAAACAUCCGUUCCUAGUGGGGCUUCAUUACUCCUUCCAGACCACUGACAAGCUCUACUUCGUCCUGGAUUAUGUGAACGGAGGCGAGUUGUUCUACCACCUCCAGCGAGAGAGGAUUUUCCUGGAACCCAGAGCUCGGUUCUAUGCUGCUGAGAUCGCCAGUGCUCUUGGAUACCUCCAUUCCUUGCACGUCGUUUACAGAGACCUCAAGCCAGAGAACAUCCUCCUGGACUCUCAGGGCCACAUUGUACUCACCGACUUUGGCUUGUGUAAGGAGGGACUGGAACCCGAUGACACCACCACUACAUUCUGUGGAACUCCAGAGUAUUUGGCUCCAGAGGUCCUCCAGAAGCAAGCGUAUGACCGCACGGUGGACUGGUGGUGCCUCGGGUCUGUCCUUUAUGAGAUGCUCUAUGGAUUGCCUCCUUUCUAUAGUCGCAACACAGCUGAGAUGUACAACAACAUCCUGCACAAGUCUCUGGUCCUGAAGCCGAACGUGUCCAACGCUGGGCGCGAGCUGCUCGAGGGGCUUCUGCAGAAGGACCGCACCAAGAGGCUGGGAGUAAAGGAUGACUUUUUGGAACUCAAGAACCACAGCUUCUUCUCGCCCAUCAACUGGGACGACCUGAUGGCCAGGAAGCUCAUGCCUCCUUUUAUCCCCUCAGUGACGGGUCCCACUGACCUCCGGCACUUUGACCCCGAGUUCACCCACCUGCCUGUCUCCACGUCCGUGUGCAACUCCGACAACCUGCACGUGACGAGCAGCGUCCGAGAGGCAGCUGGCGCUUUCCCAGGCUUCUCCUACGGCCCUCCAGCCGACUUCGCCUUCCAGUAGUCUCUCUCUCUCCUCCAGUCUCCUAGAAUCUCCACAUUCCAGACCAAAACCCUGCAACAAAAGAUCCAUGCUCGGCACACACACACACACACACACACACACAAGGGGCCAUGAUGCAGUUUACUAUGAAGGACCGACUCACUACACGUCUCUGAUCGUCCACGUGAGGUUUCUGGACCUCAGAGUCACGUCUUCGUAAAAGUGGACUCGACGCACAAAGCAAGAGCAGACGCAGAAAGUGUGCCAAGUGUCUGGACGAGGAUAUUCCAUAUCGGGGAGGUUCAGAAGUGCCUGGAUGUUUUAAAGAGCUCAUGAUCGAUAAUCUAAUGGCCGAGCUUUGGAUAAAACUCACGGCAGUGAACUUGAUGCCUUUCAGAUUUGCAUACGAUCAAACUUUGCAGACAGGAAGUUGAAAUAUACAUAUAUAUACAUGGUACUUUAAUUAAUGCAUUAUUGCACAUGAGGAGGGAAAAAAACAGACUGAAUCUGUUCACAUCUGAUAGCGAGAGAUUUUUUUUUUGAAUCAGACAUAUUUAUACGUACCGUAUAACACAAACGCCUACUGUACAAAGGAACAUUUCCAAAUUCUGAUAACUCCACGGUUUACUCGGUGGUGUUUUCUCUCAGAGUAGCUGAUUUCAUCCAUCUCUGAAAUCUCUUAGCUGCUAUUCAGUAGAUAUCUUGAAUCUCAUGUCUUACAAAGACUUCCUUCAUGUUUUGAGCACUUUUAUACUGUGUGUGCUUAUGCAGUUUGCUUGUUCAUAUAAAUAGCCAUAAACCAGAAAAUUGGCUUUAUUUUAAUAUCAGGAAUAAGAUAAAAUUGAAAAAAAAAGGUAUCCUCACUCUGUUCUAGGUCAAGCGUUGAAAGAACCUCCAAUCUUUCGAUGCACAAACAAACAUUACCUGUUUUCAAUAUUUUACACACUGAUCUGUGUGGGUUUUUUGGAGUUUUUUUUUUGCCGCACAUUGCUCUUCCUUAUAAAACGUUCCUACUGUGCAGUGAAAUGACUUUCCACUGAACAACAAGUGAUUAGAUGAUAAAAAUGGCCGUGAAGUUUGUCAGGCCGGUCAGUUUUAUAAAUGGGAAAAGGUGCAUUUGUUUGUACUGUUCGACCAAUCUUAAUCUUAACCUUCUGUAGAAACAUAACACAAGUUUAUUUUCUUCCAUAUUUGGAAGUUUAACAUUUAUUUGAUACAUUUUCAUGUAUAUUUAUUUUACAUGGCAUUCUGUACCAUAAUUGCUGAUUUUGAAUUUUUAGAAUUGUUAAAUAUUUAACUGUGAUGUUUAUUAAAUGUGAAAUAAAUCCAUAAAAGAAAA